CGCAACCCCCUCCGAGUCGCGCGCGAGGCGUGAGGCGGUGCUGAGGAUCUGUGGCCGCGGGCGGGCAGCUUGACGUCGGGACUGUCCAGCGAGCGAGCGAGAGAGCCACAGCAGCCCCGGAGCCACAGCCAACAGCCGCAGUCCGCGGAGCCCAGCCCAGCCGGCCAUGGCGCUAUCGAUGCCCCUGAACGGGUUGAAGGAGGAGGACAAAGAGCCCCUCAUCGAGCUCUUCGUCAAGGCUGGCAGUGAUGGCGAGAGCAUCGGCAACUGCCCCUUCUCACAGAGGCUCUUCAUGAUCCUUUGGCUCAAAGGAGUUGUGUUUAGCGUCACAACCGUCGACCUGAAAAGGAAGCCUGCAGAUCUGCAGAACUUGGCUCCCGGGACCCACCCACCGUUUAUAACCUUCAACAGCGAGGUCAAAACGGAUGUAAAUAAGAUUGAGGAAUUUCUUGAAGAAGUCCUGUGCCCCCCCAAGUACUUAAAGCUGUCACCAAAACACCCAGAGUCAAACACUGCCGGAAUGGACAUCUUUGCCAAAUUCUCUGCUUACAUCAAGAACUCGAGGCCAGAGGCUAACGAAGCACUGGAGAGGGGGCUCCUGAAGACACUGCAGAAACUGGAUGAGUAUCUGAACUCUCCCCUUCCCGAUGAGAUCGACGAGAACAGCAUGGAGGACAUCAAGUUCUCCACCAGGAGAUUCCUGGAUGGCGAUGAGAUGACGCUAGCGGACUGCAACCUGCUGCCCAAGCUACACAUCGUCAAGGUGGUGGCCAAAAAAUACCGCAACUUCGAUAUUCCCAAAGAAAUGACGGGCAUCUGGAGGUACCUGACAAAUGCCUACAGCAGGGAUGAGUUCACCAACACCUGUCCCAGCGACAAGGAGGUAGAAAUCGCUUACAGUGAUGUCGCCAAGAGACUUGCCAAGUAGACAGCACUUUUGAGAGAGAUGCCUUCAGAUUCCCCCCAAAUACGCUUUCCUAACAGACUGCCCUGCCUCCUCUAAAGUAGAAGUUAUUUUGCAUGAACAUGCAGUUACUCAAGACUAGGAUUAAAGCUAGACAAAGUGUAGUAGCCAUCUCCAGUACACACUCCUAAGCAGUAUUAUUCUAAAGUCCUCUGCCCAGCCCACCUGCCCUGCCCGUCGGAGGUACUCCGCCACCAGCUCGUCACAUGAGAGGCAGUUUGCCAUCAGUCUGGAGCCCCGACCUUCAUGUCCAUUCACUGCAUGUAGGUGACAGAAUUUGAGGUGCAAUGUUCAACCAUUAGAAUAGUAGCCAUGACAACAGUGGCCCCACGCUGGUGUAUAAUGCAUGGUACAAAGAAUAUUUAUGUAUGGGGGAGAGUUGUAGUACUGAAUAGCGAAUAUGGAAGGAUUGCUACUGUGUUGGACACACUGUCUCAGUGUAGGCUGUGCUGGAGUGUGCUGUCUGGGAAGACCACCUUCCGCAGAGAGAUUGCUGGUUUCUUGGCAGACACUUAAUUUUACCUAAAAUGUGUCAUUUGUAUAAAUUGUAACAUCUGAUACUAUGCAGAAACUGAGAGAGUGAGUGCUGGGAAGACAUUCUCGAUGAUAAGAUGGGUGGGUUUUGUCUUACGUUAUCUGCUCCGUGGGUUCACCCAGGACCAUGCUUACGUUUGCAGCAGUAUUGCUGCCUCCAUUGUUAACAGGUUUUUUUCCCCCUCUUUCUCUUUCUCUCUGUCUCUGUCUCUCUCUCUCUCUCUCUCUCUCUCUCUGUCUCUCUCUGUCUCUCUCUCUCUAGUUCAUGGGGUUCAGGGUGAGCUUAUUGAAGUCAAGUACACUUAACUCCUAAAGCAGGGUCUCUGGGGAACGGGGUGAAGUAUGCAUCAUCUGGCCCAUCUUAAACUCCCAUGAAGCACAGGUCACAUGCUCCCGUCCCCCCUUCAUUUACAUUAGACCAAGUGUGAGGUCCUUCUUGGGAUACAUUGUGGUUGUCAUAGUGUGGAUUUCCCACAGCUGUGCCUAAUGUCACUUGCCACGCCAAGGAAUAGCACUCUGUUCUUUUCUUGCCCUUUGUUCUGAGAUGAGAUGUUUCUCUGAAGGUCUGGUUGGCCUGGGACUUGGGAGGUGAACGAAUUGGCCUCAAAGCUGUGGCAUCCUCCUGCAUUUUCCUCCCAAAUGCUGGGAUUAUGAGCCUGCACCAUCACGUCUGGCUUGUUUUCUCAUUUUUUAAACAAAGUCUAAGAUGAAAGAGAAUGAGUUUGGAAAAAGAGAUUUGCUGUGUGGUUACUGUCCCCGUCCCAUCCAAACAAAGUGGACUUUCUACAUAGUACCCCAGAGCCUGUUUGUGACUCUGUUAUAUUUUUGGUGAUUUUUUUUUUAAAUGUAACUUGUUAAAGAAGUGCUGUUUCUCGCAGGCUUUCCGUCCUACAAUGCACCGCUUUAAGGUGGCCUGCUUUCCCCUUUGGUGUGCAGACAGUAAAUAAAUAAGUCGGCUCUG